CCCCCCCUUCAUUUUUUUUCUUCUGGGCAAUGAACAGCGCAGUUGACCCCAGCUUAGCAGGAAGGUUGUAGAAAUCGUAGAAACGUAUUGAUUUCGAGCCCGCGUGCGGUCCAGUCAAAGCUCGGGGGCCGGGAUCGGUAAUAAUGGUCCCGGAGAUGCAAAAUUGAAGAACUCGGCGGCCUAGAAGGACUCAGCAAUGAUCAACAGUCAGUUAGCUCAGUUCCUGAAAACCUUCUUGACAGGACGUAAGAAGGCUGAACAAGGAUGUCUCGAAAGCCCAUCGCCGGCACGGUUGGCCGUCUUUGACAGGAAAGCAGCAAAGGGAUACUACAGCUUCGCCUGGCAUACCUCAUCAGGCGAAAAAUGCAUCUCUGGGACUGGAGCGAUCGCGCCGUGGCGGAUACCAAAGUUUGUGAAGCGCCAUCACACCGGCGUCGGUCUUUCUUGCCUGAGUAAAAUUUCGAUUUCAAACUCUGCCAGCGGUGCCGAGUGGAAGGUGGUGGUAUCCGCGGACGUCCGAAAGCUCAGUUGUAUCUGCCCGCGCCUCCGUGAGAUUUCCCUCGACGGCUUCAGCUUCGGUGCCGCACAUCGGAAGCGACGCGUCAAGCUGCGCGACUUCCCCAAGCACAUGAUCUCCCUCUCUUUGCGCAGCUGCGUUCUCGAUAUGAAGACGUUCUUCGCGGAGGGACUCGCCGAAAACUGCGAGUUGACUGCGCUUGAUCUAGGUCGCUGCUUCUUCCUCAACGAGGACAAGUCUAGCAGCAAGAGGCGAUUGGCUUGGCCAUUGCUUCCUUUGCUCGAGAGACUGUGCUUGGAAGGCUGCCCGUUCCUCAUCUCCGAAGCUCUUCUAAGCGACGUCCUGCUUGGAUGUCCGUCGCUGCAGGUGCUGGACUUGGAAGGUACGUCUCUGCGGAGUACAAUUGACGUCGCGCUCAUUGGACGAUGCCUGCCGAAGCUCAGAGAACUUUUCAUUGGAUGGACUGACGUGAACGACUCUUCAUUUCUAGCAUUGGAGCGAGGAUAUUUCGAGGAGCUUAUUACUUUGUGUCUCGUGGGAACUCACGUGACCAACUUGGGUGUGCUGGCGGUCUGCGGUGUUUGUCCGCGGCUGCGCACAAUCCGGGUGAAUAUGGGGCGCUGGGCUGUCAGGAAGCUUGAGAAAAUGGAUGUCUGCCGCUCCGUCAGCAUUGAGAUUGCUUGCUUCAGGAGUGACAAUGUGCACGCGUUUCUGCGCCACGAAGGGUGCGAACACUUUCGCGAGCACCUGUAAACAGUCUUGCCGGUACCACGUGAUGCAUGCACUUACUUGACGAACGCAGGAAUAUACAAACUGUAUGCACAUAUUCCAGUGGCGUGCUAACUGCUUCAACAAAGCAUGGAUCACUUUUUUUUUAUUAACGCAUGCUUACUUCAAAUCUAGUGCAACUGAGCUCAACAGACACGUGUGUUGUAGACUUGGCGCAGAAUUUGAGUUGUCUGUGUUUAUUUUUACACAGUGACAGGGACCCGAAUACCAAUAAGUUCUUAGUCUUUUUUAGCUGAUACGGGCUAGCUAUAUUAAUGUGCAGGAAUUCUGAAUUUAUAUAUUGUCCAAAAGGAUAAUUUGUGCUGCGAAAUGGAGCACAAUGCUUUGACAUGUUAUUUCAACGGUUACUUUACGUUAGAACAAGCGAGUGACGCGAACGGGUUUUCACUUUCGUUGUAGCUGAACUCAGUUCAUUCAACCGAAGAAAAAAAAAAGUUCUUAUGUGACCAGGUUUAUGCUAUACCGUGCUAACAGCGACGGUAGAAUAAACUGAAUAU